AUGGCGCAUCCAGCACAGCGAUGGGGCCUGUCUCAGACGGAAGCCGUCAGAGGACAUGAGCCGUCAGAGGACAUGAGCCGCCACCUGCGGAGGCCCGCGGCUCGUGUGCUUGCUUCCCAGGGCAUGCACUUUUCCACGCGCAGCACCAGGGCGGGCGUGGGCUCCGUCCACGUGAAAGCCCCCGGGCUGGCGCGGGUGCAGAGAGCCGACCACCACCACCCUGGCCCGCGGCCCGCGGAGCCCCUAGCCUCGGAAGGCACGCUUCUGAUUGGCCGCCAGCGUGCCCGGCCCCGCCCCGCCCGCGCCCCGGGGAAGCGAGCCGGCGCCCGGGGCAGGCGGCCCACGUCCGACGGAGCCACGGGCCGAGGCUGCGGCUGUGGACGGCGCGCGGCCCGCAUGGCGGCGCCCAGGAGCCCCGGGCGGGCGCGGGCUCGCGUCCCCGCCGCAGGAAGCGACCAAGCUCACUCCUGGACACUAGUUCCAAGUCAAGCCAUGGACACCGUCUGGAGAGUGGCACAGGGCGCUGUGGUGUUGCUGGUCUCCUUUCUGAAGGUCGCCCUCUGCUUCUUCCGAAGGCUGCACUCGUAUGUAAGGCACUGGCUGAAACGGUGGAGUGGCUAUCUGCAGGGAAAAUUCAAAAAGAACCUCAGUGUGGAGGCGGAAGUUGACUUACUCAGCUAUUGUGCAAGAGAAUGGAAAGGAGGAACACCCCGUGCCAAAAUGAUGAGGAAGGCCUAUGAGGAGCUGUUUUGGAGGCACCAUGUCAAAUGCAUUCGACAAGUAAAGAGAGAUAACUACAACGCUCUCAGAUCGGUGUUAUUUCAGGUUUUCAGCCAGGGCCUUGCUUUUCCAUCCUGGAUGAAAGAAAAAGACAUCGUUAAGCUUCCUGAAAAGCUGCUCUUCUCUCAAGGCUGCAACUGGAUCCAGCAGUACAGUUUUGGACCCGAGAAGUAUACAGGUCCAAACGUGUUUGGGAAGCUACGUAAAUGUGUGGAGUUUUUGAAAAUGCAGUGGGCCGAGCUGAGCGCCAUCAGGGACCCGCGCCGGCGGGGAGGCGCGUGCGGCGCGCUGUUCGCCGACGCGGCGCUGGAGCGCAGGCUGCUGGAGGCCGUGAAGUUCCUCGUGCUGUACCGCGUCACCGAGGCCCACGAGCGCGCGAGCGGCGGCCCCUUCCGCCGCCUCUUCGCCCGGGAGUCGUCGGCGGACCCCUUGAGCUUCAUGAUAAAUCACCUGAACGCCAUAGGCGACACGUGCGGACUCGAGCAGAUCGAUAUGCUUAUACUCGGAUCCUCCCUCGAGCUGAAGAUAAAGGUGUUCCGGCUGUUCAGGUUCAACUCCAGCGACUUCUCGGUCUGCUACCCAGAGGAGGCGCUCAGGGAGUGGCCGGAGAUCUCCCUGCUGACGGAGGAUGACCGUCACUACCACAUCCCUGUCUUCUAGGUCUGCUGUGGACUGCACCUGGCCCUCAGCAAGGACAGGGGGCACACUUGCCAGUGACCCCUUCCGAAGCAGCCAAGCCGGGGUGCAGGAGCGCGGGCGCGGUUUCCCGUCUCGCUGGGCGGGGGGGUCCUCUGCAGCUCUGGUGUGCCGGGGUCGGGGUUGACCGUGUUCCUCUGAUCACUUCACACAGUGGCAUGCCUUAAGACACAGGACACUUAAUAAGGACAAAAACAGGAAAAUGGCUGGGCACGGUGGCGCACGCCUUUAAUCCCAGCACGUGGGCGGCUCAGGUAGGAGUAUGGCUGUGCAAUGUAGGUCAGCCUGAGACUGAUUCCAGGUCAGCCCGGCCGGAGCGAGACCCUACCUUGAGAAAACAAAACAAAACAGGAAAAUGCUUAGAAGAAAACGAGUAGGGAAAAUGGCCUGGGACGCAGGACUUUCUUUAUCUGCCUCUGUUGUCGUCAUGAAGAGCCUCGGCCUCAGCCGGGUGUCAUAAAUAAACAUGCCCCAGCCUAUAAGAGCUACCUUCCUGGGAGGCCUCGUGCUGUGACAAUGUCCUAGA